UCAAGAGUCGUUUGAUGGUUUGAAGGAAGAAGUAUUAAUACGUUGAAUUUACAUCCCAUUCACAGCCACACUUUAUAAUAAGCUUAACAUUAAAGCCACAUCUAAUUUUGUCCAACCGACAUGGUUACCAGCUGCAUUUCUAUUACAUCCUGUGAGUCAGUGAUAUGAUAGUCCAAUGAGUCUUCAAGUGGAGUCUCAGGAUACAGGGAACGCGUCUCGGGAUAUAGAAAAUGAGUCUCAGGAUAUCGAGAAAGAGGUUGAAGAAUUGGAGAGGAGAUUAGCAGCUGCGAAAGCCCGAUUAGCCUGUCAAACCUUACCCUCCGCAUCAUCUAGGGAUCAUCGUCCUGAUAUCAACAAUGGUGAGAAAGUUCCCAAUUAUCUUUUAGGUAAGCUUCAUUUCUAACCAACCCCAGUACCACACCUCUCUCCACAAUCCAAUCAUUUCCUCCUCCUCCUCUCCGAUUCCGCCCUCCCACUCGGUUCAUUCGCCUUCAGCAGCGGCCUAGAAUCCUAUCUCGCGCACACCAAACCCAAAUCAUCAUUUACGGAUUUCCUCUCCUUCUCACUCUCAUCCUAUGCAUCCACCACUCUCCCUUUCGUGCUCGCCGCGCAUCGGAAACCCGAGGAUUUGAUCGAUCUAGACGAUGCUCAAGAUGCUUCGAUCAUGUGUACCGUCGGACGACGAGCUUCGAUUGCUCAAGGAAGAGCUCUAUUGUCUAUCUGGGAUCGAUCAUUUUCUACUGCUUUAGCUUCAGAGUUCUCUACUUCUGCAUCUGCUGUUGGAAGUAACAUUUUAAAGGAAUUCUCUGCACUACUGAAAUCUAUAUCCUCAGCACCUAAAACUACUUCUGGAGAAAUACCACCUGUAUCCGCCCAUCUCGCACCUUUAUUUGGUGCCAUUACAUCGACUGUGGGAAUGACUUUAGAGCAGACUGCAUAUGUAUUUAUGUUAAGUCAUGUGAAGGCUUUGCUUUCGGCCGCAGUGAGAGCCAGUAUGUUCGGACCGUAUCAUGCACAGAAGGUUUUGGCGAGUGGGGAAGUUCAAAUGGGAAUUAAAGAAGCUAUUGAAAGGGAAUGGAAUACCAAGGUCGAGGAUGCUGGUCAGAGUGUACCGGUUAUGGAUUUGUGGAUUGGAAGGCAUGAGAUGCUAUAUUCGAGGAUUUUCAAUAGUUGAUGACUAUAACGAAAUUAUGGAGAACACAACCGUAUCA